AUGUAAUAUACAUAGGAAAUUAUUAAGAAUCAAUAAGAAAAAUUUGAAUCUUAAUUAAUCACAAAAGAAUUCCAAAUGUAUUUUAAUAAUAAGAAUGCUAAUUUAACAAAAAGUGAUGAACAUCUCUAUUUUUAAAACAAAAAAGAUAAAUUUUUAAUUAAAAAGCAUUAUUAUUUGUUCAACUAAUAUCUUGUAAUGAAGAAUAAAUUUAUUAAUUUUGAAAAUUGCUAAAUUACUUAUGAUGAAUCUAAAUAAAACUAAAUAUAUGAUUCUUUCAUUUUAUUAUAAAAAGAAGGAAAAAAGUUUUAAAUAUAUGGUAAAAAGGAAUCUCUCUUUAAAUGGUUUGAACAUUUAAAGCAUUACACAAUUUAAAGAAAUUUCAAAAAUAAAUUUAAGAAAUGUGAAUUAUUAGGUAGAGGUUCAUAAGCAAAAGUUUAUAAAAUAUUAAAUAUAAAAACAGGUAAAACUUUUGCAACAAAAUAAUUUGAAAAAAAUAAAAUUAAUGAAUCCUCCUUGGUAUUAUAUAAAUAUAAUUUUAGUCUCAUUUGCUUAAAGAAAUAUCUAUUCUUAGAUAAUUAAAUCAUGAUGGUAUUACAAAAUUCUAUGAAGUUUUUGAAAAUAAAAAGAAGAUAUAUAUAAUAUUAGAAUGUUUAAAUGGUGGUGAACUAUUGGAUUAAAUUAGAUCACCUUCAUAUCAAUAUAAUGAAUAAUUUGUCAUGGAUUUUGCAUCAAAUUUAUUGAAAAUCAUUGAUUAUGUUCAUUAAACAGGUAUCAUGCAUAGAGAUUUGAAACCAGAAAAUUUAAUUUUAAAGGAUUCAAAUAAUUACACAGAUUUUGCAAUUGCAGAUUUUGGAUUGGCUGAAUUUUAUAAAAAUGAUGUAUAAUAUUUAGAAAAAUGUGGUACAAUAGGAUAUAUAGCACCAGAAGUAUUAAGAAAUAAACCAUAUGAUUAAAAGAUUGAUAUCUAUUCAAUAGGAGUUAUUUUAUUUACAUUAUUUACAGGUUCUUUGCCAUUUGUAGGAAAUUCAACAAUAGAAAUUUACUAAAAUAAUUUAUAAGCGAAAAUAAAUGCAUCAUAAUUAAAAUAAAUUAAUAUUACAGAUAAGGCAAAGUAAUUUGUCUUUAGUUUAUUAAAUGAAAAUCCUGAGAAAAGACCUACAGCAUAAGAGGCUUUAAAACAUGAAUGGUUUAAAUUACCUCCUAGUUUAACAAAUAAUUUAAUCUUAUCAACAUUAACUAAUUUAUCUGGACAUAAAAAACAUUAAAAAUUUUUGAGUAUAAAAUGUACAUCACCAUUGUGGAAUAAAUCAAAAUUGAAAGAUUGUUUUUUAGAAGAUAGUGAUGAUUCCUAAAAUAAUAUAUAUAAAUUUUAGAUUAUUAAAGAUAGUAUUGUUUUUAAUGAUGAUGAUGAUGAUGCUGAAUUAAUGGAUGAAUAAGAUGGUUAAACUAAUUAAAUUUAAUUAUCUGCACAACAAUGUGAAAAUUAUUACUUUUCCAACAGUAAAAUUAGGUUAUUAAAUGAAAAAAGAGAUUAGGGAUUAUUUUGA